AUGUUUAACCUAGGUGCUCCAAUUAUACGCUUUGACAAUCCGCACGGAGGGAAAGGCGUCUCACAAUUUCCACACAUAAACAUAGACCCAAAUGGUGUCCCAAAUGCAAGUAAUCCACACAUAAAAGUGCCGAAGAGUUUGAUCGCCUGUGCAGACAAAGUGGACAAAGUCUUAAAAGGGGUCUCAAAGGCCCUCCUAGUUGUGGCUCUCGUGACGGACGGACUGCGAAUCUGUGCCGCCAUAUAUGAAGACAUGACUUCUGAUGACAAUCACAUAUUACCUCAUCAGACGAUUAAGACUAUUGCGUCGAUUGCCGGCGGAUGGAGUGGUGGAGUCGUUGGCGCCACCGGUGGUGCACUGUUAGGGGCCAAAAUCGGAGCCUGUGUUGGCUCACUAUUUGGUGGGGUUGGUGCCGUCAUAGGGACCCCUAUUGGCGCUAUUGUAGGGGGUAUUGCAGGUGGAAUAACUGGUGGGCUGCUUGGAAGUUAUGUAGCUGAGGAAGGUGCUCAAAGAGGACUUGAUUAUUUUGAGGCAAACGCUGCCGAAUGGAAUGACUGCUUUAUUACAGCCACACAGGCUUUGAUUAAUCCAUCUGGGUUAGUUAAUGAAAUUGUUAAAGGUGACAACCCUGAAAAUGUUAAGGAAGCAAAAGGAGCCCUUAUUGGUAUGGGUGUGGGGGCAGCCAUAGGGACAGCUGUUGCUACAGGAAUGACUUCAGGUACUGUAUUAGGACCAUUCGGCACAAUAGCAGGUGGAGCAGCAGGGGCAAUUUAUGUACAACUACGGCCUUAUUUGGUGCAUUCGCCGUUGGCCGAUGUAUCACCUUUAAUUAAUAAUCAUAAUAAAAAGAAAGGUAUGAAUAUUGAUUUAAAGAGAUUAACGGAAAAUAUUAUCUCGAUAACACCCAAGGACACUGAUGAUCCAGAAGGCCUCAAAUGGAUAAAUUCGAAGAAGUUUAUAGCCAGAAAAAUAUUCAAACAUGGCAACACAAUGAUUGUGGUGUCGAAAGGUGAAGUUGUUGAAAUUCUGACUGAUGACGCUUCAGAUUUUCGUGAUCAAUUUUCACAUAACAAGCAACUUUUAAAAACAACUCAUCAUUUUUUAACCAGGAAGUUUAUAUUUGAAAAUAUUAAUUACAUUAUCACCAGUGUAUAUAAUGCACCAGUGAAUGUGAUUGAUGAUUUAAUUGAGACCCAAGAAUUUACAUGGGGCAAUUUGUUUUUACUUUGCCACAAAAAUGUUCUUGAUGGAAUUUGCGAUAAUUUACUGGCUGACAUCAAAGAACUCUUGGGCAAGAGCACAUUUCUGGAGAUGCCAGCUGUUAAAUCAGAGAUUUUAGCCAGUACAUCUGAUGGUUGCGAACUAUUAUGGUUUAACCCGAGCAUUGAUAUUGAAAUUAUUUAA